CGUCAUGUUCAAAACGUCAAGCUCAUCUGUCACUGCCCAGCAGGUCUCAGACGGCUGCGGAUAAAAAAUUUACGUCGACGACGAGUCCUUUGAAUCGUGUAUAAAAAUUUCAACAUUUCGGCAAAAUGUUGGCUUCGUCGAAGGUCCUUCUGCAGAGUACGCUCCGGAACUUCCGAGGAAUCUGCAGCACGUCGAUCCGGAUGAGCGAUAACUUGUUUGUCCAUCGGGAUACGCCCGAGGACAAUCCGAGUAUUCCAUUCGAGUUUACCGAGGAAAACAAAAAGCGGGUUUCGGCCAUCCUCAACAUUUAUCCAGAGGGCCACAAGCGUGGUGCCAUGAUUCCGCUGCUAGACUUGGCCCAGCGUCAGCACGGAUGGCUUCCUAUCUCGGCCAUGCACAAGGUGGCGGAUAUUCUGGGACUGCCCAACAUGCGUGUGUACGAAGUGGCCACUUUCUACACGAUGUUUAUGCGGAAACCCACCGGAACGUACCACAUUCAGGUGUGCACCACAACCCCGUGCUGGCUGCGCGGUUCCGACGAAGUUAUGAACGUGUGCAAGAAAAAGCUUGGCAUUUCCCCCGGCGAGACCACCAAGGAUGGCAAAUUCACCAUUUCGGAGGUGGAAUGCCUGGGAGCUUGCGUAAAUGCACCAAUGGUUGCCGUAAACGAUGAUUACUACGAAGAUUUGACUGCCAAGGAUACCGAGGAGAUUCUGGACGAUUUGAAGCAAGGAAAGGUUCCAAGACCGGGUCCUAGAAAUGGACGUUUCGCGUCAGAACCGGCCGGUGGACUGACUUCGCUGACGGAAGACCCUAAGGGCCCUGGAUUUGGGCUGCAAGCUGGUCUGUAAGUCAGUGUUUGGUCCAGAUUACCAACGUGGAAAGCUAUGAGUAAUAAAUUUGAAAUUUUUAUUCAGUAAUCAAGCAA